AUGGUGGUGGUGUCCCUGGUAGGGGUGUCGCUGGUAGGGGUGUCGCUAGUGGGGGUGUCCCUGGUGGGGGUGACACUGGUGGGGGUGUCCCUGGUGGGGGUGUCGCUAGUGGGGGUGUCCCUGGCGGGGGUGACACUGGUGGGGGUGUCCCUGGUGGGGGUGUCGCUAGUGGGGGUGACACUGGUGGGGGUGUCGCUGGUGAUGGUGGUGGUGUCGCUGGUAGGUGUGUCGCUAGUGGGGGUGACACUGGUGGGGGUGUCGCUAGUGGGGGUGACACUGGUGGGGGUGUUGCUGGUAGGUGUGUCGCUAGUGGGGGUGACACUGGUGGGGGUGUCGCUAGUGGGGGUGACACUGGUGGGGGGUGUUUGCUGGUAG